UCUCCCCUGGGCCUUGCGUACCCGGGACCACUGAGGAUACAGGUUCUCUGCCACAUGCAGCUUGACAUGUUGCCGUCUGCAGUAGACAACACCCAGUUAAAAGAAACAGCAUUGCGUUGUUUGCUCGAAAUGUCACAACAGCUGAGUCGUUCCGCAACCGAUGUGUUAUGGGAUGGUAUCCGUACACCAAGUGAUACUGCACGAAUCCAAACAGGAAGGCGAGGCGCUCGCGAGGACAGCGUACAAUGUGAUCCCCUUUUCCAAAAUCUAUCUAACCAAAAUGUAUCACAACCUGAGAGGCUAUCGAGCAGUACAUGUCACGCAGUAACGACAUGGGAGCGGGCGGAGUUAUUUGGUAGACAGUAUAUUGGAACGAAUUUCUCCUCACCUCAAUCAAAAGGACAUGCGAACCUCACACCAGGGCCACCACAGCUGUCGCCACAAAAGGUUCCAGCUUAUCCGACUGUCCUUACACCCCAACAGCCAUCAAACCCAGUCGUCACCGAUAUGCCAUUUUCUUGGGUAUCUUCUUGCUCCACGAAUGAGGCUGUGAAUCCGUACUACUUCUCCAUCUUAUUCGCUUGGCUCCGAGCAUUUACCUCCGGUACAGCUUUCUAUCUGGGUAAUUCCAUUCCUCAAGUGAUGUCACCCGGAGAACAGAUUAGACAACCCCCAAAUUUGACAGCAGCGCAAGUUCAACCUUCUUCGCCACCGAAUUAUCAACGGCAAAAAUCUUGUAAUCCUGGAGAUCUAGCAUCGAGGUAUAAUUUACUAAAGACCAAAUUGCAAGAGUCCGUCACAGCAUCAUCUCAACCCAGUGCUUUUCAAAGCGCAUCCCCAGUAGAAGUGCAAACCACAAGAUCCGCCCAACCAACCGGUGUUCAUCUACAGCCAGGCCAGAGCAAGGCCACACGUCACAACGGGACUUAUCCUAUACAUAUGAAUCACAAACUUCCUCCAACCUCAACAGUUCCUCAGUUCACCCGGAGCCCAUUUGAUGAAUCGCUGGAGCUGUUUCAUCAACAACUAUCUGCAAAACUUCCGGAAUCCAGGAAAGCCUUACAUUUAGAUGCCUCCAGUGAUCACUUGCUGCGAUUGUUUGCCACAGUGGAUGAGACCACCAGCCCGGAAAAUUACUCGUACCCAAAACCCACUGUCUUACAGUCCGCGGUCAAAUGGAACCCAGAACACGUAGAAACUGUCACCACGACCAAGACAAAAGGAUUCGAUUUCAAACAUCUGGCCAGAUCUUGCUUGGAAUCAGAAGACAGGCAGACCGACUUGGAUAACAGGAUCUCUGUCGAAUGGACUCGUGCGAAUGAUCUAGUUUCAAGCAAACCCGCCCGUGGUGGAACCCCUGCAAAAGUGAAGGUCAAGUGCGGAACAAUAAAGGAAAAGAAGGAGGGGAAGCUUACUCAGAACCCCAGGAGAAGAACACGAAAGCAGUACAUAUGUCGCUUCUGCCUACGCCAGUUUACCAAAUCCUACAACUUGUUGAUUCAUGAAAGAACGCACACGAACGAGAGGCCAUUCCCGUGUGAUGUGUGUGGCAAGGCGUUCCGCAGACAGGACCAUCUUCGUGAUCACAGGUUUACUCACAGUAGCAGAAAACCCUUUCCGUGCGACAUUUGUGGCAAAGGAUUCUGUCAGUCACGAACUUUGGCACUACAUCGAACUACCCAUCAACAAGGCCGCACAAGUCUGUCCAACUCCAAGUGGAAUGCACGCGAGGUGCACUAAACCAAAACGUCCCUGGGAUUCGAAUCUAGCUGCUUUUCAUUCAUUUCAAACCAGGGAUGAGUGGCUUUCACGUAUAUCAAACUAAAAUAGUCUGUACUAUCCCACAGAAUCCCGUCCUGUAUGUAUAACUUCCCGAUUAGUUGCCUCUCACCUAUGUUCAGAUUUUCA